AUGUCUGCCCUAAACCCCGACAACAAUUCGAUGCAGCUCCCAAAAGACAACCAAAACACAAUCCCAUUGUCUCCGGUCGAUCCUUUUCAAUCUGUCCAGAAAUAUCCUGGCUUCAAAUCAAUCAGUCCUGUUUAUGAGGGCUUCACCUUUUCCAAGGCUAUGCCCAAGCAAGGUGCAACCUGGACUUGUGUGAAACGGACAGUCAUGCAUCUAAACCAAGAUGAAUACGUCAAAAUGGUUCAGACGAGGGCAGAUCAAACAUCCCCCGUGCAGCAAUACCAGGGUCCUCUGACAUCAGGCGCGUUCAUAUAA